AUGGGGAAUGGUCAUAUAAAAAACGAAGAAUCUGCCAGAGUUUCUAUUCCAGGACAGAUAAAAAAUACUGCCACUGGUAAACUUGGUACAGAUGAAUUUGAAGAACCAAUAAUUGAGACUCCGGUAUUAACAGAAGCUGUCUCAGAAUCCCAAUAUUCAAUUGAUUCUAUUAUAGAAGAUGAAGAAUUUGGCGCAUCUUCAUUUUCUAAUGAAAUAUCAUUGGGUAAUUACACAUGGAGAAUUGAUUUGUGUAAGACAGAAAAACAUUGGCCUGGAUGGUUUCAAGGACUUUCUAAAAAAUUUUUAUCAAUACAUGCGCAAAAAUUAUUAUUACUGGCUAAUAUUGAUCGCAUGGACAAAGACUUGACUGUUGGUCAAAUGCAAGGUAAAUUUGAAAUGCAAGUAUUACCUAGAGUUGGACAUGCUGUACAAGAAGAUGAUCCGGAAAAAGUUGCUAGUAUCUUGUCAAAUUUUUUGGUACGAAACAAAUUUGCAAAUCCAACUGGAGAUUUUGUUCGUAUUCUUCCUGGAUGUUAAGAUACGUUAUUCAAGUAUUCAGCUAAUCAAUGGCCUUCUAAAAUUAAUAAGAGUAUUGUAUAUGUCAAUAUAAGAGUUAGAAAUAUUUAUUUAUUUUUAAUACAAAUGCUUAUAACUAUAAUAAAAAUAUUUAAUUAUAUAAACAAUUAUGACAAAUGACAAAUAUAUAAGUGGAUGUACAAACUGUAUCCUAUUAAUAAUGAAUAUUGUACUUAUAAAAAAAAAACAAG